AUGGCGAAUCUCAAAUUAUUGGUCUACCUGAUGUGUCUACUACUAAAUCGUCACGUCUGUUCGUCCGAGGUUUUGACAUCGGACGACAACCAGGAGCUAUUAGACGAAAGGAAUACGUCUGUCGUUUAUUUUCACUACGGAACUACAUGUAUUGUAGAUGACAUCCCGAGCCUACAAUACGCGCAAGAGACGCAUGUAGAAUCGUCUUACAUAGACAACAUCGACAGAAAAAAGACGAGUAAUGUAGACGAUAUCGUCGCAGGUGUCAUAAAGGAGGCGGAGUUGGACAACCCGGUAGUUCUGCGGUCAUGGCGAGUGAAUCCGCCCCCGACUGACCGCAGGACAGUUUCCGUGGACAGCACGGUGGUCAACCUGUUGGUGGAAGUCCAUAGUAAAGGGGUCAGCCCACGGUUCCAGGUUUAUGACCCUACAGGUGCAGUUGUGAGCCCGACGGACGACAGGAAUGUUACCAUGGAAGUUAACAGCAAUAGUUUGAAAAUAAUGAAGAUUAAAAACCCAAUUCCAGGGGACUGGUUGGUAAAGUUUCUAUCAAAAGAACAGGAGUACAACGUGACGAUACGAGGCAGCUCUAUGAUCCAAUUCAGGUGUCGGUUUAUGAAUGGUUGGGGGAUACCUUUGUCUGGACGGCCGAACGUUGGUUCCAACGUGACGCUUCGCAUAGAACUCUUAGGUAGCGGAGACGUGCAAAUAUUAACGGAAGUGACGUUGAUGACAAUGGCAGGAAGAGAGAUCUUAACGAGACCACUGGGAAAGGCAACGGGGCGUCGCCGGAGGACAUAUACAACUGAUAUACAUAUUCCAGGGGAGGACUUCCGUGUUGGUAUCCGGGGACUUGAUACAAGGUCAAACGUUAUUGAACGGACACUGAUGAACCCCAUACUUCCAGAUGGAAUCAAAUUGUCUCUGAAGGCGCUAACACCGGGUACCGUUCAGAUGGGUGGAUCGUACGUUCUCCAAUACAGGGUCGGUAACGACGGGACAGGGGCAGGCAACUUUACUGUUACAGCACUCUCUGAUACACCCUACAUAACUUUUACCGUGACUCCUGACCACGUAUAUGUAGGAGCUGGAGAACAUGCUGUUGGGAACGUCACUGUUCACGUGUCUGAAUACGCUGUUCCGCACACCAAAAGUGAGGUCGUCGUUCGUGCGACAAAUACUUCCGGGAACUUUCAAUUCUCCAGCCGUGAAGUUUCUAUUGUGGAACCUCCCAGUGGUGAUGACACGCAUGCGCCUGCUUUCUCCACUACUAACAUUAUUGAUAAUUGUGAUUCCGCCCAGUCGAGCACGUGGGAAGUUAUAUUUCAAGUCCAAGAUGACGAGUCAGGGAUCCAUAAGGUGGACAUAGAUGACCACACCUUCUCUACAAUCACCAUGGAAACAUUUGAUGAUGGCCAAGCCAAUAUGCCAGUUAAAGGGCAGCUUAGCAUACAGUGUUCUCGACAGCAGGUAACGGUGAUUGUCGAUGACGUAGAAGGGAACGAAGGUCGAUUUCUUGUCACACAUACUCGCCACCAGGACACUACAUCAAUGCUUACCUCUGCCAAAGGGAACUCGUCCUUGGAUGCCCGCCUAGCGGCUAUUUUCACAGGAUGUUUAACUGGAUGUCUCCUGCUGGUUAUAGUAGUAACAGUAUCAAUACAGUGUAAAAUGAGGUUCGCACAUAGACGAAAAGUCUUGAUAUCGAAUUCCUUAAACAAGAACUUUUCAACGUCACGGAGGAUAAAGAUGGAGACAUUCUGA